AUGGCCGCCUUAGAGGAAGAUGUCCUUGACGCUGUGCUACUCGGAGAAGAGGAGGAGGAAGAGAAUGAGAUCAAGGAGCCAGAGGAAGUUGAGGAGCCAUCACCUGAGGCCUCUCAGCCAAGCUCUUCAAUUGUCAGGCCGUAUCUAUCUAAAGGGCCAUCUUUUAAAAUGAAUAUAUUAUUGAGCAUACUAACAAUUAUCUAUUUUCUGUUCGUGCUCCACGUCCCCGUAAGCGUAAACGCUCUGUCUUGCCCGAUAGCACGUUUCAGUCCUAUGAUGAUGUUGAUACACAGGCACUGGAAUCCAUCCCUUUCAGGCAUGAACAUCCAGUUUAAGUCUUGGCAGUGUACGUCAGGCAGUUCGGUCGACCGCUCUGGAAAGACUUCUUGUUGUUUUUCAGGCAGGCAUUGGUGGUAGAGGUUUGUGGGUACCCUUAUAGUCAGGGUUGGGGUCUUGUUUUGGAGUGCCCGUUGUAUGGUGAUUCCGUCAAAGCGUGGCUUGAGGUUACACCUACAGAAUUCUACUGGUUUCUUGGACUGCUCAUUUACAUGGGAUUUACCGAACUGCCUGACCUUCAUCGGUACUGGGGUGCAAAGUCUCUUCAGAGUUCUUGGGCUAGAGCUUUUAUGUCGCGUAAUCGCUUCAAAGCUCUGUUGGCUGCUUUACACGUUGUGGAUCCUGCCACUGAGGAUAAUGCAGAUAGGCUUAGAAAACUGCGGUACUUACUGGACCACCUGAAACAAACAAAGCUGUAUCAGCCAAACCAAAAUGUAGACAUGGAUAAGCCCAUGGUCAAAUCAAAGGGGCGAUCAGGAUUCACGCAGUAUAUAAAAGGGAGGCUACCUAGGUGGGGAUUUAAAUGAAGGCGAAUUGCUUCAUCUGACACAGGCUACACUUUAGAUCUAAAUGUUUACAUAUGGGGAUAUGUGUUGUCGUAGGAUAGGGGGCAAUGUAUUGGCAAUACAGUGGAGAGACACACACGUACUGUUACUUGCCUUUCCAAUUUUCACAAUGCAAAUGAUUCCACUCAAGUAACGAGGCUAGUCCGACAGGAUGGUAUUUGGAAUAGGAAAGUGGUCGCCAGUCUGUUGUAAUCCACGAUUACAAUAGACAGGUGGGGGGGGGGGGGGGGGGGGGAUCAACUCCUCCAAUGUUUUGCAGAACACCCAGAAGUGGUGGAAAACACUUUUAUUCCCCACUGUGUUGACAUUGCAAUUGUCAACAGUUACCUUUUGUUACGGGAAUGGCAGUGUAAUCAUGCAGCACCUGGCAAGGAAAAUGGGCAAACUGGUUACUGCCAGAUUACAUUGAGAGAACCUUUCUCAUCAGUUAGGAGGUUUUGAUGUUAAUGACAGGUAUCUUUUGACAGACCUUUGUCUGUGAAAACUGUAAGCUCAUCUUUUCACACACAGCACAUGCCCAGUCUACAGGUCCCCUCUAGACAUUGUUGGCUGUGUUUCCUGUGUUACAGGAAAGAUAAAGGAGAACAGGACUCGGUUUGUUUGUGUGGCACCUGAAUGCGAGGGCAUAUGAUCUUGCAUCGUAGAGGACCGACAUUGUUUUAGGUUGUGGCACUCCAGUGAGUGUGACUCAUAGCAGAAAUAGGCACUAGUAAAGGGUAGAUGUAGCUCAGAUGUUCACUAGUAAUUUUGCCUCUCUUCAAUGUUUCCCUUUCCUGCAUGUACCCCUUCUCCUGCAUGUCCCCUCUCCCUUGCAUGUUUUCCCUUUCUUAUCCAAUACAUCCUGCAUGCCAGCCUCCCUUCAUGUUUCAUUCAUGAUUCUAAUGGCCUUGGUGAUGUAAAGGACUUGUAAAUUGUAAUGACUGUAAACUAAUGUUGUACUUUUGGAAUUGUUCCUGUACUGACUAUUUGUGUAAUAGACUAUAUGCUAGUUGAAUGUAGACAUUUAAGUUGUAAAAGCUAAUGAUUGUUAUAUGCCUUAUUUGUUUCAUAUUUUGUAAUUCCAGUUCAAUUUUGAUGAAAGUAGCCCUGAAAUGAAUGUUGUAAAAUGUUAUGGUUAUGAUAGCAAUUUAAAUGGCUUCAUUUUCAGGUUUGAAGGAGUCAAUGUAUUCCCAUAAGGUUAUUCUUUCAAUAAAGUUAUUGUUUUAUUAAUAUUAUAUCACUUGUUUGUCUUUACUUAUCAUAUGUAAGACUAAAUGCUAUUUGUAAUUUGUUUUGGUGCAGAUAUGUGUUUAAUAUACUAUCCAGAAAAGAAAGUGUCUGAUCACAGAACAUUCCAUAGAAUUUGAGAAAAAUACCAUAGGUCACUAAAAUGUCUGUAACUCAUUCACAGUAAAAUGUAUUUCUAUUCUGAUUUCAGAUGAUCAACCCUUACAAAAUAAGGAAGGCUCAAUAUGCGGCAAGUUUUUCUCUAUCGUCAUGAGAAAGUUUUGUAAAUGGCAGUAGUUUUGGAGAAAGCAUUGAUUUUCGUGUAAGAUACACAUUUUCACAGGCGUUUUUUCUUGACUGAUUACAGUUUGAUUGAUGUGGUGCUAUUGUAUGUCAUAACAUUUGAAAGAGCUGUUUUUCAGCUUUAAAAAUGUGUAACAUGUUUUCAUAUGUUUGACACCAGCAAAUUAUUCUCAUUUAUGCACACCGAGGUCAUGGUCCAGUAAAAAAUAGAACAUUCCGCUGGGAAGGAAAGGGUUUUAAUCUGCUAUAUGACAAGUUAAACAGUGGGGGAUUAGGAUUUCAGACAAAAACUAAUUGCCCACCCUAAUCGGAUAGUGGUAGAUUCACAGUCUGCCCUAUUGCUCAGCUCACACACUACAUCAUUCUCUCUCACUCUCUCAAUGGCAUCGAUUCGCUCCACUGAUCAAAUCGAAUCGCACCGAAUUGUUUCAAAUGAAAAGUAUUGUUCUUGUAUUGCAGCCCAUGUAUCUAGAUGCGUAUCGAAUCGUGCUUGUAAGGAGAGAUGCACAUCCCUAGUUGCUGUCAUGGAGUUUUAUAUGCAAUGUCACAAUUUCAUGACUAAUGCUGUGAACACUGCUUUGCAGGUUCAGGUAUUUGGGAGUUUCAGCACAGGUCUCUAUCUACCUACCAGGUAAGCUGUCCUUGCAUUUCAAGUCAUUUCCUUACUGAAAAGUGUUCAUAACCGUUAUAUUCCACCUUGGCAUGAGUUUGUGAUAAUAAUGUGAUUCUUUGUGUUGGUGUUGCAGUGACAUUGACCUGGUGGUGUUUGGGAAGUUCAGGGAAGGAGACAGCCUCCCUUUGUGGAGGUUAGAAGAGGCCCUGAGGAAACACAAAGUGGUGGAGGAGAAUUCUGUCAAAGUGCUGGACAAGGCCACGGUUAGUGUAGUGUGUGUUUUGUGUCCUGUCUGUCUGUGGAGGGAAGCCUGUUAAGUGUGUGUGUUGUGAACAUGUCAAAUCUGAUCUCUCGUCUUCAGGUGCCAAUCAUCAAACUGACAGACUCUCUCACGGAUGUCAAAGUUGACAUCAGUUUCAACAUGAAGAAUGCUGUCAAAGCUGCUGCCCUCAUCAAAGAUUAUAAAAAGGUACAAUGCUCCCUGUGUAUGUGUGUGCUUGCGCGCACAUACGUGUGUACGUACGUAUUUACGCUCAUAUCUGAAUUCGGUCACAAUCCUCCUGGUUUGAACUACUGUUCUAAAGUUCUCUCUCCGUCUCUCUCUCCUCAGAAAUAUCCUGUGCUUCCAUACCUGGUGCUAGUCCUGAAACAGUUCUUAUUACAAAGAGACAUGAAUGAAGUGUUUACAGGAGGCAUCAGCUCCUACUGCCUCUUCCUCAUCGCUGUCAGCUUCUUACAGGUGGGUGGGUGGCCUUCAUCUCUAUACUGUACAUAAGUAUUCAGACCCUUUGCUAUGAGACUUGAAAUUGAGCUCAGGUGCAUCCUGUUUCCAUUUAUGUUUCUACAACUUGAUUGGAGUCCACCUGUGGUAAAUUCAAUUGAUUGGACAUGAUUUGGAAUGGCACACACCUGUCUAUAUAAGGUCCCACAGUUGACAGUGCAUGUCAGAGCAAAAACCAAGCCAUGAGGUCGAAGGAAUUGUCUGUAGAGCUCUGAGACAGGAUUGUGUCGAGGCACAGAUCUGGGGAAGGGUACCAAAACAUUUCUGCAGCAUUGAAGGUCCCCAAGAACACAGUGGCCUCCAUCAUUCUUAAUUGGAAGAAGUUUGGAACCACCAAGACUCUUCCUAGAGCUGGCCGCCCGGCCAAACUUUGCAAUCGGGGGAGAAGGGCCUUGGUCAGGGUGGUGACCAAGAACCCGAUGGUCACUCUGACAGAGCUCCAGAGUUCCUCUGUGGAGAUGGGAGAACCUUCCAGAAGGACAAUCAUCUCUGCAGCACUUCACCAAUCAGGCCUUUAUGGUAGAGUGGCCAGAUGGAGCCACUCCUCAGUAAAAGGCACAUGACAGCCUGCUUGGAGUUUGCCAAAAGGCACCUAAAGGACUCUCAGACCAUGAGAAACAAGAUUCUCUGGUCUGAUGAAACCAAGAUUGAACUCUUUGGCCUGAAUGCCAAGCGUCACGUCUGGAGGAAACCUGGCACCAUCCCUACGCUGAAGCAUGGUGGUUGCAGCAUCAUGAUGUGGGGAUGUUUUUCAGUUGCAGGGACUGGGAGACUAGUCAGAAUCGAGGGAAAGAUGAACGGAGCAAAGUACAGAGAGGUCCUUGAUGAAAACCUGCUCCAGAGUGCUCAGGACCUCAGACUGGGGCGAAGGUUCACCUUCCAACAGGACAACGACCCUAAGCACACAGCCAAGACAAUGCAGGAGUGGUUCAGGACAAGUCUCUGAAUAUCCUUGAGUGGCCCAGCCAGAGCCCGGACUUGAACCCGAUUUAACAUCUCUGGAGAGACCUGAAAAUAGCUGUGCAGCGAUGCUCCCCAUCCAACCUGACAGAGCUUGAGAGGAUCUGCAGACAAGAAUGGGAGAAACUCCCCAAAUACAAGUGUGCCAAGCUUGUAGCGUCAUACCCAAGAAGACGCGAGGCUGUAAACGCUGCCAAACGUGCUUCAACAAAGUACUGAGUAAACGGUCUGAAUACUUACAGUUGAAGUUGGAAGUUUACAUACACUUAGGUUGGUGUCAUUAAAACUCGUUUUUCAACCACUCCACAAAUUUCUUGUUAACGAACUAUAGUUUUGGCAAGUCGGUUAGGACAUCUACUUUGUGCAUGACACAAGUAAUUUUUCCAACAAUUGAUUACAGACAGAUUAUUUCACUUUAUAAUUCACUGUAUCACAAUUCCAGUGGGUCAGACUGUUCCUUUAAAGAGCUUGGACAAUUCCAGAAAAUGAUGUCAUGGCUAUAGAAGCUUCUGAUAGGCGAAUUGACAUAAUUUUAGUCAAUUGGAGGUGUACCUGUGGAUGUAUUUCAAGGCCUACCUUCAAUCUCAGUGCCUCUUUGCUUGACAUCAUGGGAAAAUCAGAAAAAAAAUUGUAGACCUCCACAAGUCUGGAUCAUCCUUGGGAGCAAUUUCCAAACGCCUGAAGGUACCACAUUCAUCUGUACAAACAAUAGUAUGCAAGUAUAAACACCAUGGGACCAUGCAGCCGUCAUAUCGCUCAGGAAGGAGACGCGUUCUGUCUCCUAGAGAUGAACGUACUUUGGUGCGAAAAAUCUAUCCCAGAACAACAGCAAAGGACCUUGUGAAAAUGCUGGAGGGAAACCGGUACAAAAGUAUCUAUAUCCACAGUAAAAUGAGUCUUAUAUCGACAUAACCUGAAAGGCCGUUCAGCAAGGAAGAAGCCACUGCUCCAAAGCUACCAUAAAAAAGCCGGACUAUGGUUUGCAACUGCACAUGGAGAAAUGUCCUCUGGUCUGAUGAAACAAAAAUAGAACUGUUUGGCCAUAAUGACCAUUGUUAUGUUUGGACUGGUGCACUUCACAAAAUAGAUGGCAUCAUGAGGAAGGAAAAUUAUGUGGAUAUAUUGAAGCAACAUCUCAAGACAUCAGUCAGGAAGUUAAAGCUUGGUCGCAAAUGGGUCUUCCAAAUGGACAAUGACCCCAAGCAUACUUCCAAAGUUGUGGCAAAAUGGCUUAAGGACAAAAAAGUCAAGGUAUUGGAGUGGACAUCACAAAUCCCUGACCUCAAUCCUAUAGAAAAUGUGUGGGCAGAACUGAAAAAGUAUGUGCGAGCAAGGAGGCCUACAAACCUGACUCAGUUACACCAGCUCUGUCAGGAGGAAUGGGCCAAAAUUCACCCUACUUAUUGUGGGAAGCUUGUGGAAGGCUACCCGAAACCUUUGACCCAAGUUAAACAAUUUAAAGGCAAUGCUACCAAAUAUUAAGUGUAUGUAAACUUCUGUCCCACUGGGAAUGUGAUGAAAUAAAUACAAUGUGAAAUAAAUCAUUCUCUACUAUUAUUCUGACAUUUCACAUUCUUAAAAUAAAGUGGUGAUCCUAACUGACCUAAGACAGGGAAUUUGUCAGGAUUUGUGAAAAACUGAGUUAAAAUGUAUUUGUCUAAGGUGUAUGUAAACUUCCGACUUCAACUGUAUGUAAAUGUGAUAUUUCCGUAGUUGUUUUUUUUUUGGGACAAAAAUGUCUAAUCCAGUUUUUGCUGUUUCAUUAAGGGGUAUUGUGUGUAGAUUGAUGAGGGGGAAAACACAUUUUAAUCCAUUUUAGAAUAUGGCUGUAAGGAACUUUCCUAAUGCACUGUAUCAUUAUUAUUAUACUGCCAAUCUAGUAUUCUAGUGAAAUGAUUAUAUGAAGGAUUUUCCCUGCCUUUUCUCAACCUUUGAGAGCAAUGAGAAAUUACUUCUGUACUAUUGACUAAACUUUAUUGAUCCCCAGAGGGGAAAUUGGGUUUGUCACCAGCAGCAUAGUGUUCUUACUACUAUGUGUUCUUAAGGUGGAAACAAGUAAUAUACUAUAUUGUGUGUGUGUUUCAGCUCCAUAGCAGGGAGGACGCCUGCAGUCCCAACGCCAACACUGGCGUCCUGCUCAUAGAGUUCUUUGAGCUGUACGGCCGCCAUUUUAACUACCUGAAGACUGGGAUCCGGAUCAAAGACGGGGGCUGCUACCUCUCCAAAGACGAGGUCCAGAAGAGCAUGCUGGAUGGAUACAGACCAUCCCUGCUCUACAUCGAGGAUCCACUGCAGCCAGGUGAGCCCCGGCUCACACCCACCUUUAGUUUGUCUAAGAUUGCUUACUGCAGCGUUUUCCGAACACGGUGCACGUUUUGGUUUCUGCCCUAACACUACAUAGCUGAUUCAAAUUCAUAAAAGCUUGAUGAUUAGUUGAUUAUUUGAAUCAGCUGUGGAGUGCUAGGGCAAAAACCAAAACGUGCACCCCUUGGGUUCCCGAGGACCGAGUUUGGGAAACACUGGCUUACUGCAUACAGUAGUCAAAAUAUGGUAGCUAGCUAGCUAUAUGAUGUCUCUGAAAAGUACACAUUCAAUGAAGUGUCUUGUGCUUCAGAGUUCUGCCAUAUCUAAGACAUCAGAUGUAGUUGUUUUAUAGAGAUGUUUAAGAACUCUAUGGUGGGCCAGAUUCAAUAAGCAGCUGCCAAGUUUAAGUUUGUACCUGACCAUGAGCGUUUGGCGUAUGUCCUUUGUUCCCUGUGUUGCCCAGGUAAUGAUGUGGGCCGUAGCUCGUACGGGGCCAUGCAGGUGAAGCAGGUGUUUGACUAUGCCUACAUGGUGCUGAGCCACGCUGUGUCGCCCAUCGCCAAGUACUACCCCAACAACCACAGCGAGAGGUAUGGGGCAGGGCUGGGACACAUGGGGAGGAUUACAGUCACAUAA